UUGCAACUGUAGUCAGUUUUUGGCACAGAGGUAUAACGUUUUAGGUUCGCGGUUUGCUGUGCUUGUCAUCGUUUGGAGCACAGCAGUAACGAGCAAAGGCAGUUCAAAUUUCUCGUUAUAGCGUAUGUAGAGAGAGGUAGCAGUAAUUCUUAAAGGUGGCUACCACGUUUUCACAAGAAUUCCCUUGUCCAACCCUGCCUGUUAUGCGGUGGUGAACGUCGACAGUGACGGAUGGUAGUGUUAUAGCACGAAGAUUUGCGAUGUUCUGAAGUUUCCUGACGAAAAGAUUCGAGCUACUGCUAACGAUGUGCAUCCUGAUGUAACUACAUCGAAAUUACGGUAGAAAGUAGAAACAGUGACGCUCACUCGACAAGCACAUAGAAAGAAAAUGUCAGGGCAUAGAGGCGGUGGAGGGGCUGGGAGUCAUCAAGGGGGCCCGCCUGGCCUUAAACAAAUAGAUUUAGAUCAAAUCUGGGGAGAUCUACGCGAGGGUAUCGAACAAGUCUAUAACAGACAAUGCAUGUCUAAACCAAGAUAUAUUGAUUUGUACACACAUGUAUAUAAUUAUUGCACAAGUGUUCAUCAACAAUUAACUAGAACAUCGACCAAAAGUAAAAAGGGACAAAUUUCUCAAGGAGGUGCACAGUUAGUCGGUUUGGAGCUAUACAAACGUUUACGCGAAUUUCUUAGAAAUUACCUCAUUAGUUUAUUAAAGCACGGAACUGAUUUGAUGGAUGAAGAUGUAUUACAAUUCUAUACAAGACAAUGGGAGGAAUAUCAGUUUAGUAGUAAAGUAUUAAAUGGUGUAUGCGCUUAUUUAAAUCGUCACUGGGUACGCAGAGAAUGCGAAGAAGGUCGUAAAGGAAUUUAUGAAAUUUACCAAUUAGCUUUGGUCACAUGGCGAGAUAACUUAUUCAAGCAUUUAAAUAGACAAGUCACAAAUGCAGUGCUUAAGCUGAUCGAACGAGAGCGGAACGGGGAAACAAUAAACACACGUUUAGUCAGUGGUGUAAUUAAUUGUUACGUAGAAUUGGGUUUGAACGAAGAGGACCCUGGUGCUAAAGGACAGAAUCUUACCGUUUACAAAGAUUCGUUUGAAAAUGUCUUCCUUGAGGAUACAGAAAGAUUUUACACUCGAGAAAGUUCAGAGUUCCUCAGACAAAAUCCAGUGACAGAAUAUAUGAAAAAGGCGGAACAAAGGUUGCUGGAAGAACAAAAACGCGUUCAACUGUACUUGCACCAAACAACGCACGAUAGAUUGGCGAAAACGUGCGAGAGAGUGUUAAUUGAAAAACAUUUAGAUAUCUUUCAUUCUGAGUUUCAAAAUCUGUUGGAUGCUGACAAGAAUACAGACUUGGGUCGCAUGUAUCAACUAGGCGCAAGAAUACCGAAUGGUCUUGGGGAAUUACGAAACCUUUUAGAAGGCCAUAUAGCUAAUCAAGGAUUUGCGGCUAUCGAUAAAUGCGGCGACUCUGCAGCUAAUACUUUUACACAGGAUCCAAAGGUCUACGUGAACACAAUUUUGGAAGUUCAUAAAAAAUACAAUGCUCUAGUACUUGUUGCAUUUAAUAACGACAGCGGGUUCGUGGCAGCUCUUGAUAAGGCUUGUGGAAGAUUUAUUAAUAGUAAUUCGGUAACUAGAGCAGCGAACAGCAGCAGUAAAUCGCCGGAGUUACUAGCAAAAUACUGUGAUCUGCUACUGAAAAAGAGUAGUAAAAAUCCGGAAGAAGCAGAACUCGAGGAUACACUCAAUCAAGUUAUGGUAGUAUUUAAAUAUAUCGAGGACAAAGAUGUAUUCCAAAAGUUCUAUAGUAAGAUGUUAGCGAAACGAUUGGUACAACACAUGUCCGCCAGUGACGAUGCGGAAGCGUCAAUGAUUUCUAAAUUGAAACAGACUUGUGGUUUUGAAUAUACUUCAAAACUACAACGAAUGUUCCAGGAUAUUGGAGUGUCCAAGGAUCUAAAUGAACAAUUCAGAAGGCAUUUGACGAACUCCGCCGAACCAUUGGACAUAGAUUUCAGCAUACAGGUGUUAUCUUCCGGUUCGUGGCCGUUUCAACAAUCGUUUACUUUUUCUUUGCCAACAGAGCUAGAACGAUCUGUACAUAGAUUCACUACUUUCUAUAGUUCACAACAUAGUGGAAGAAAGUUGAAUUGGUUAUAUAAUAUGUCUAAAGGAGAAUUGCAUACAAAUUGUUUUAAAAACAGAUAUACGUUGCAAGCAUCCACUUUCCAAAUGGCCGUCUUAUUGCAAUACAAUGGUUCUACCUUGUGGACGAUACAACAGUUACACGAUGCUACACAAAUAAAAAUGGAUUUUUUGCUUCAGGUUAUUCAAAUAUUGUUAAAAGCUAAACUAUUAACUGCAGCUACGGACGAUGAAAGCGAAUUGACACCACUAUCGACGGUGGAACUUUUCGCAGGAUAUAAAAACAAAAAGUUGAGAGUAAAUAUCAAUAUACCAAUGAAAACAGAACUGAAAGUUGAACAAGAAACGACACAUAAGCAUAUAGAAGAAGAUAGAAAACUUCUGAUUCAGGCAGCAAUUGUUAGGAUUAUGAAAAUGCGGAAGGUAUUGAAACAUCAGCAACUGGUCGCUGAAGUAUUGAAUCAGUUAAGCUCUAGGUUCAAACCACGAGUACAUGUUAUUAAGAAAUGUAUAGAUAUUUUAAUUGAGAAAGAAUAUCUGGAGCGCACAGAGGGUCAAAAGGACACUUAUAGCUACCUGGCAUGAUCAAGUUGAUCUAGGACAACGAUACAGCAGCAACCAUAUACUCGAACGAAAGAUGACUCUUCAAUCUCAUUGCUACCAUGCUGUCACAAUAUUUAUUUACAUCUCGUACUUUGAAUCUCGUACAUUUUCCUUGUACAUGGAUGCCUUUGUACCAUGUUGUCCCUCUGGUCGCAUUUAGAGUCUCGAUUUUAUAAUAUGUUAAUAAAAUCAUUUCAUAGUCAAGCUGCUAGGUGUGUUACUGUCUGUGACGCCUUCGACGGAAAUCGAAACAUCGCUGAAUUUUUAUACGAUAUCGUGUUAUGAAAUGAAAAAUGCACGAGUUAAAUUUUUUUUUAAAUUCAUAACAUUACAGAGAACAAUAUGAAUUACAUUCUUGGAGUUAUAAAUUGUUUAAUAAAACGGAAAGAUAUAAAGCUGAUUGUGAUAAGAAUGGAAUGAUAUAACAUCCUACGAAUAUUAUUAAAUUUAUUAUAAAAUGAUUAAUAUACGUUUAAGUUACACGUUGAUUAAUUAGAUAAAAAGCUGGGCUCUUUUUUUUCUCUUGUUUUGAUAACACGAAGUCAAACCUUUCGUGUGUGACUUUCUCUUUGAGACUGUAAAAUAAGAAUUAUAAUCUUACCACCUAUGUGUAUUAUAGCAUGAUACAAAGUACAUAAAAGUUACAUAAGCACGUAGAUGGUAAUGCAAUUUAAUGCAGCAGUCAUGAAUAACAAAUAUUAAACGUAUUUAAAACAGAACAAAAAUUUUAUACCAGUGAAUUAAAAGGAAUCUGUCCUGGUAGUAUAAAAAUCCGAGUUAUUUUUAACUAUCAAUUUAAAGUGAACUUUUGUAAUAGUUGACAGAAUUUUGAAAGAAGCAUAUUAUUAUUUUCAUAAAUAAUUUAUAGUAAUAAUAAUAAAUGGAAAAAUUCAUGACUUACUAUAUAAAGAUUCGAUAAGAUUAACGAAUAUAGAAUACAUGUUGUAUAUACUAUGUCUAAAGCUUGAAAAUUCAUUUUUCUUAUAGAGAGAAAAGAGCGACAUUCAAAGUCUUUUCAAUGACAAAUAUAUCAAAAUUUCGAUUAAUCAUUUGAAUGUUUUUAGAAAUUGAUAUGAAAUUCAAAGUGCAAUAUAAAAUGAUUUAAAAAUGCGUACUAUAACGUGACUUUAAGUGCAGGCACGAACAAAACUUAACACGGAGGAUGAAGUAACUGUUGUUGAAUAAAUAUACAAUGUAAAAGGGAAUUUUGUGACAUUCAGUAUGUAGAACAAUUGAAAACUGAAAAUUUUUUAACUGAUAAUUAUUAUAAUCAAAAACGAAAUGAUAAGGGAAGAAACGGGGCAGAUUGUACUAAACAUUGAAGAGUGAGUAACGUAUUCAUAUUUAAUUAUAAACAAAAAGCUAUUAACUUAAUGUAUGUUAUUAAAUAAAAUACAAUAAUUUUAUAAUUUUAUUCAA